AGGGUGCUCGCCGCGCGCUGCUCUCUUUCUGACUCGGGAGGUGUUUCCGCUGCCGUGGACCUGAUUUGAUUUGUUUCAGUUGUUUAAGAAAAAAAAAAAAAAACUUUCGGUUGAUUCGAUAUUUUCAAAAAAAGAUAUUCUUUGUUUAUGAUUAUUAGUAUUUGAGUUUUAUUCAGUUCUGUAAUGGUGGAUCCCUUGCGUUAGUUAUUAGUUCAUAUAUUGCGUGUGUGGCUUAAUUAACCGUCAGAAGCCUACAUAAAGAAGAGGAAUUGGGCUUAAUAAAGGAAGGGAGACAUGAAUAGCCAGACGCUGAGAAAUCCAUUCCGUUCCGUCUAUGGCCUGAUCACGGGGCCGAAACGGAAGCGCUGAGGGGAGAAUGAUAGGGACAAAGUAUAGAAAAGGAGAAUAAGUGAACGCGAUAAACAGUUACAGUGAAGAGCUUGUCACCUGUCAUGACUUCUCAUGCCAUCCUGUCAGGGUUCUGGCACCUCAAGACGAUAACAGGUUCCGUGUUGCCAAGAAUGGGCUGCGACACCUGAUUCUUGUGGCAGCGAAAGUCACGACACGGACGUCCUCAAGAAUGACUGGCGAACGUAGGACAUCGGCCAGUGUUCCUCACUGACGUCACCAACUUCACUAGGGAUGGCAAGACGUGCGCUCCUCUGUCUCACGAUGUUCAGUAUCAAUUUCUGGGCAGUGCAGGGCAUCCCUCUUCCUUUGGAAAUCCAGACUGGACUCAAGAAUCCGGGCAAAUCAUUUCCUGCUGUCUUCAUCAAAAGGGAAGGCAGUGCGAUUAAUGAGAACGUCAGGAGUCAUCAUGUUCCGACCACUGGGUACAAGAUGAAUAACGCCACCAGCUACGUCCUUUGGGAAAGAAGCGCUGACGAGAUGGCUUCCCCGACAACUCCUUUGGCUGAGCCUCGUGAAACAAACUUACUAGGCUCCUUUGGCCGGAAUAAACUAAAGCUCAUUGAUAAAAAUUCUGAAAGAAUCGUCGAUGCCAAAGUCAGGUCCGAUUUCGAGAGUGAGAUAGACCACAGCAACAAUCUCGAAGAACCUCAACGAGAUUUCACCAAGGGAUCGCCACGAGUGAACAAACCCAACACCUUCGAAAACAACGACGAUGACGGAGAAACGUGGAGGAAUACACAAGAGGACAUAGAAUCGACAGAAUCGCCGGACACAAAUUCAUCCGACGAGGUCCAAGGGCUUACAGUCACCCGUGAGACAGAGGAAGGGGGAGCACCUUGCCCAACUGUCCCUGCGACCUGGACCCCGUACAUCACUGACAGGGAACUCCAGUGUGUUGUUAAUCCUCAUUGGCUGGAGUUCGACCCCCCUUCCCACCUGAGUCACCUGGUCCUGGGCGCCAUCUACAUCAUCAUCUUGAUAGUCGGCUGUUUUGGCAACGGUCUUGUUAUUUACUUAUUUGCGAGCUCCCGCUCACUGAGGACGCCGUCGAACCUCUUCAUUCUGAACCUGGCCCUCAGCGACUUCUGCAUGGUGGGCAUCCUCGUCGUGUACGUCCACAACGCCUUUCACGACGGGCCUGCAGCUGGAAAGUUCGGAUGUGACCUGUACGGCUUUGUGAGCGGCCUUGCGGGAACGACCUCGAUCAUGACGAUGUCGGCCAUCUCCCUGGAUCGGUACCUCGUUAUUUCGUUCCCACUCGACCCCUUCAAGAGGUUCUCCCACCGGCAGGUGCUGGUGAUAAUAAUAGCCACGUGGCUCUACAGCAGCAUCUUCUCAAGCAUUCCCCUACUUGGUAUUGUGGGCAUCAAUUAUACACCAGAAGGUUACCUCACGAGCUGUAGCUUCGACUACCUGUCUCACGCUACACGGACACGCGUGUAUAUCUUCUCCUUUUUUAUCGCCGCGUGGCUUCUCCCUCUCAACAUCAUCUUCUUCAGUUACGUCUCCAUCGUGGUCACGGUGUCGAAACAGGAGCGGCAGUCCUACACCUGCCAGGGGAAUGUAGGAAGCUCCUCUUUCAAGAAUUUCAAGCACCAGAGCGUGAAGCGGAAGAAGAGUGUCGAGCUCAAGCUCGCCAAAGUGGCCUCAGGCAUCAUCGCGCUGUGGGUGCUGGCAUGGACGCCCUACGCGGUGGUGGCACUGCUGGGCAUCUUCAACCAACGGCGCCUCAUCACGCCCUUCGGAUCUAUGGUGCCCGCGAUGAUUUGCAAGGCGGCUGCGUGUAUAGAUCCAUAUGUUUACGCUCUGUCCCAUCCACGCUUCAAGAGGUGUCCCAGGAACCCGCUCUGGAGAAGCCUGGACUCGAACCAGGGUCAAACUGAGCAGCUCUUGCAGCUUAAUUGCAACUUCAACACAGUGGCGAAUGAAUUAAACAAGAGGCUUCUGAGACGUCAACCGGACUUCUUUGGUGUUACAAGGAACGGCAUAACUGUGGGUCUGACUGGCAGCACGUUCAGUGAGAUAAAAGAAGAGAGGGAAAUGCCGGAUCCUCAGAUGUGGGACUUGACGGACCAGUCGUACAGCAGUUCCAUGGGCCCUCUCAUCCACCGACAGACUUCCUUCUCCAGUCAUCCGGCCGUUCAGUCCACCGACGCCUCCCUGAGCCUGCACUCCACCCUCUCGCCGGGCAGCAACAGCCUAGCCGGCGAAACGUACCCGAAACGCAGCUUCUCAUCCAACAGCUUCCGAAAGAUGCCUCGUUCCUUCAACCUGUCCCACGACCCCGAGUUGGGCGCGAGUAGAAGCACCGGAAACUGUGACCGGAGGCGCCUGCAGACCACGGUUCUCGUCGAGUUCCCGGACAGGAAGCUGCCCUUCGACACCAGCCACUUUAUCGAGAGUGCGAUGAAGGACAAGAUGAGCUUAACCAAGCAUCCCCGUAAACCUCCCAAUGGUUUUAGAUUCUCACCGAGUGAAGUAGACUGUAAUACGGGCAAAGAGCAACGUAUUGGCCUUAUCAUGUCGCCCUCGACCAAGGGAUACUCGAAAACCAAAAGCCUCCGACAUAAAAAGAAACGGCACGAAGCAGCCAAGCCUCUUAUGAAAUGCGUCUCAAACGUGUCCCUGCCUUCGUCUGCCCUCGACCAAGGCCAUCGCGUCUCACUGACCCAGCCGAGGGAGCUACAUCCUUCAAAAACCUUCCCCAACAUUUUUCUCCCCUCGGAAGAGCUCGAGGGCUUUCUCCCGCUUUCGACGUCCUUGUCCGUCACGGUCGAGUCGGCUAAGGAUUCGGACUUAUCCUCGUUGCUUAUCCUCAACCGGCGCCUCUCCUGUGUGACCAAAGAAGGCUUGACCCGCUCCGUCGUCUCAAGCGUUGACCUCUCCCUUCCCUGUGCGCGGUAUGUGAAGGAGUGUCGCUUGAGGAGCAAAAGCCUGCCCAACAUCACCGAUGAAGCCAAAGAAGAAGACAGCUCAGAGGAAAAUCAGUACGAGCGCCUUUCCUUCUUCCUGAUCUCAAAGCUGGAGAACCUCAGCUGGUGACGCCUCAGCCCAAAGGGGGUCUCUGAGAGCCGACAUUACAACGGCCUAAGAGGAAGGUGUGGAAAAUUAAACUUCACAACGUCAACGUUUGCAUUUGAGUGUGUCAUGUAGUUUGCUACUGGAGAUAAAGCUUUAGUAUAUUUUUUUGUACUUAUUUUUAAGCCUUUGUAUCACAAAAUGUAUGAAUCUAUUUUAAAAGAAAUGAAAUUUAAUAUAAUAUUGUUAUAUAAGUAUUUAGCUAUUAGAUUACUAUUUUUAGCAAAUAAAUCGAUGUAAUCUUACAAAUUAGACUGUACAUAUGGAUGAUAAUGUGCAAGACUUGUCGCAUGGUAAUGAAUCAUAAACAUGUUAUUUUCUUCGAAAUUUAUUGAGAGUUCACAAAUAUAGUUUAUAAAUAACUUAUGUUAAGAAGAAACAACUGCAUUGAUUGGUCUAUGUCGUGUAGUCAUCGAUGUUAACACUAGUCACUCCUAGAGAAGAGAGCUCCAGACAAAGUAGAAUGAUUUGUCAGCCCAGAAAUUAGAAACCGAAGACCCAGUGUCAAAGUGACCUUGCUGGAGAUCUCAGGCUACUUUGUACGGAAAUCUUAUGCUUGUAUUGUACACUAAUCUCUCUGUGUGAAUGUUCUGGACGAAAAGGGAAUAAUGACCUCUUUUGUUAAGAGAAAGGCGCCGCGAUGGGAAGACUUUUAAGGAUAGAAGGUACGGGUGGAAUGUCUGAAGCGAGGAUUUUAUUGGACUUUUCGCCUCUUCAUUAACACAAAAGUAUUGGAAGUAUCAUUUUCGGUGAGUAGGAUGAAUGGCAAGGAUUUGAUAAUGACGCGAGAUAUUUUAGAUGAUGUGUCUGGCCUUCUGUCUGUCCGAAGUGAUUCUUGAAGUGCAUGUGAAUUUAAGCUUAAGGAGAGGAUAAUGAUGAGCUGAAAUUGCUAUAUCUGUAAGUGAUGCAGACACAUAUAUACAUAAACAAACAGACACACUCAUGGAAAAACAAGCAAAACAAACACACAUAUAUAUAUAUGAAUAUUCAAAUAAACGAAUACUUACACACAGUCACACUCAAAGAAACACACACACGAACACACCCUUGAACACGCACACACUCUAAAGUUAAAACGUGUCUAGAGUAGACAAUGCUCACGCUCAAGUUGGUCUGUGGUUUCAGUAGAUACAGAAAUAUUGUCUUUCGCCUUAUCUUCAUUCUCACGUGUGUCCUACAUUCUCAUAUCUUAGAGUUUACGGCGUUCUUUCUAAGAGUGUGAAAGAAACUAUUGUUUUGUACUUCCAUUUAUUUAUUUUUUGAAUAGGGUUUGCUGCAUAUUCCUGAUACGAAUUUAUGAGUGAACAGAUAACGCUGAAUGGUUGAUAGUGAUGGUAAAAUGUUUUUAAAUUAUGAUUACGAUAUUGUCUGAGUAACUUAUGACAAAAUAGACGUAAUUGCAGAUCAAUAAGAAGAGAGAAAUAUAUAUUUAAUA